AUGUCUGCUCCUAACGGUCAAUCAUUCCUGCUCGACCCUCAGAAGACAGCGGGCCUGACAAGAUUCUCUCACGCACGAGUGGUCAAACCAUCCACCUACCAUACCAUCUACAUUUCUGGAAUUGCGGCUGUCAGUCCGGAAGGAAUGUAUGAGGGUGUGACGGAAAAUUCUGAUGGGACCUUCACAAUCGAUGUCCGAGAGCAGACAGCUUCUAUCCUCCGCAGGGUCGAUAGCAUCAUUCAGGGUGCUUCCAAUGGAAAGGCCAAUUUGUACAACAUAGUCGACUCAGUUGUCUACAUCUUAGACAUGAAGACCCAAUAUGCCGACAUGAAUGAAGAAUGGAACAAAGUCUGGCCCGACCGUGCGAGUGCUCCCAGCCGGGCUACAGUUGGAAUUAAGGAGCUUCCUGAUCCUCGUUUUGCGGUGGAAAUUAAAGCCACCGCAAUUUUCGAGCUUUGA